GGAUAGACAUUGCAGCAUUCUCUGAAAUGGAACGAGCGCUAUGUCUCAACGAAAUCAAGCUCAUCGCCAAUAUCAACCACCCAUUCAUUGUAAAGUACCUAGGAAGCUACCUUGAAGGAUAUGUGCUUUACAUAUUAACCCAAUACUGCAAAGGUGGAGACCUACAUCGGUAUAUAGCACAAAAAAGAAAAGCUAAUGAACCCAUAAGAGAAGAAAGGAUAACAAAAUGGCUAGCACAGUUAUUAUCGGCACUUAAAUACCUACAUAAACGACAUAUACUACAUAGAGAUCUGAAAUCACUCAAUAUACUUAUCGACGCAGACAAGUCAAUCAAAUUAUGCGAUUUCGGGGUAUCAAAAGCAUUGAACACUACGGCUGAACAUACGAGAACAGUAAUAGGGACACCAUAUUACUUCAGCCCGGAACUUAUAAACGGGAAUGAAUACAACUGGCCAUCGGAUAUAUGGGCAUUGGGUUGCCUAACAUAUGAACUAGCAACCUUUAGAACACCAUUCGAUGGUGCGAAAGGUAUGCAACAACUAGUUAAAAGCAUCAAAACUGAACCUAUACCAAACCUACCUGAAAUCUACUCACAUGAACUCAACACACUUUUUAAAUCAAUGAUGUUCCAUGACGUAAGGUUCCGAUUAUCCGCAUCCGAGCUGCUAUCAACGGAUAUAAUGCAGAUGGCACUCCGUAGAAUGUUAAAGGAAGCAGAACGUAACUGUACAAUACACAGCCAAGAAAAACCACAUGAUGGAUCCAAAAACAACGAAUACCUAGAAACAAUGCACAAUGGGUAUGAACCAGUUAGAAGCGACAGUGCAAUAACAGGAUAGAUGCAAUGUAACUGGGUAUGCCAACCCCCAAAACGAACCA